AUGAACACACGAUUUUCUCGCGAUUUCACGUGGAAAACCGCAACAGGCACCACCGUCCGCGGUGAGAUGACCAAGAAGUGGUUUUUCUUCAAGGGGAAGCCGAGCACGGCCGAGGGAGUGGAACACCUGCGCAUCUUCGGCGGUAGCGUCUAUCCCGAGCUCAGCCAGGACGUGUGCAAGCUCCUCGGCAUCACGGAGGGGAAGAUUAACCUAGGAAGGUACGCUGAUGGGGAGUGCAGCGUGGCCAUCGGGGAGACGGUCGCAGGGAAGGACGUGUUCAUCGUCAGCCCGACCCACACGAACGACAGCCUGGUCGAGUUGCUGCUAACGAUAGCGGCAGCCCGAAGGUCGUCCGCCGAGCGUAUCACGGCAGUUAUCCCGUUCUACGGCUACUCGCGACAGGAUCGGCGCUUUCGGAGGGAGCCCAUCGCCGCCGCCGACGUGGCGCACAUGCUGGAGGCGGCGGGAGUAGACCGCGUCAUCACCAUCGACCUUCACAGUGGACAAGUACAGGGAUUUUUCAAGCCCACCACCCCAGUGGACCACCUAACGCCAAUGGGGGUUGCGGCGGCGUAUCUCGGGGAGCUCGUGACGGAGGAGCUCAAGGCCAUGGCCAUCGAAGACCGGGAAGGGAAGGGAGGAGCGGCCGGGACAGGUAGUGGUGCUGUGGCGAAACGAUUCAGCCGGGCGAGGCUAGAGGAGCCAACGAGGAUCGUCGUCGUUGCUCCGCAGGAGGGCCAGGUGGGAAGAGCGAAUGCGUUCAAGAGCCGGAUAGAGCAGUACGUGGAGACUGAGACUGACCCGAUAGGGCUGGCGUUCAUCGCCCGCAGCAGCACCAAGAAGGAGGACGAGGAAGAGGAGGUGCACAAGCACUGCAUCGGGGAUGUCAAAGGGUGA